CAGGAGCUACACCGAGGAGCUCAGUCUGCAGGAGAGCGCUGAGAGGACAGACCAUCAACUUCUAAACCCUCUGAGGCUCAAAGAUCAUCAGCUUUACCCCUCUGAGGCUCAAAGAUCAUCAGCUUUACCCCUCUGAGGCUCAAAGAUCAUCAGCUUUACCCCUCUGAGGCUCAAAGAUCAUCAGCUUUACCCCUCUGAGGCUGACAGACCACCGUCUUCAACCCUCUGAGUCUGAUCCAUCCUGGUCUUUACCCCUCUGAGUCUGAUCCAUCCUGGUCUCGAGUCUCUCAGGCUGAGCCAUCCUGCUCUUUAACCCUCUGAGUCUGAUCCAUCCUGGUCUCGAGUCUCUCAGGCUGAACCAUCCUGGUCUUUAACCCUCUGAGUCUGAUCCAUCCUGGUCUCGAGUCUCUCAGGCUGAACCAUCCUGCUCUUUAACCCUCUGAGUCUGAUCCAUCCUGGUCUCGAGUCUCUCAGGCUGAACCAUCCUGGUCUUUAACCCUCUGAGUCUGAUCCAUCCUGGUCUCGAGUCUCUCAGGCUGAACCAUCCUGGUCUUUAACCCUCUGAGUCUGAUCCAUCCUGGUCUCGAGUCUCUCAGGCUGAGCCAUCCUGGUCUUGGGUCUUCCUCUGGCUCUAACUGGCCGCGCGCUGCAGUGGAGUAAAGCCCCCGGAACCAUGCCGUGCGUAAGCGCGCUCUGCGUCUGCUCCCUGCUGCUCCUGGGCUCGGCUCUCAGCCAGACCUUCACCGAGGACAUCCAGGUGUUGGUCUUCCUGCCCCAGAAUCACUCCUACCUGUUCUCUCACGCACGCGUCGCGCCGGCCGUCCUUUACGCACGGCAGACGCUGGAGGCGGCGGGGGGCGCGUACUCUGGGUUCCACUUUGACGUCCAGUUCGAGGAGUCGGACUGCGUGAACGCGGCUCUCUACGGCCUGGUGGACCGGUCUUGCGGGCUGAAGCCAGACCUGAUCCUCGGCCCGGUCUGUGAGUACGAGGCCGCCGCCGUGGUGAGGCUGGCGUCUCACUGGGACAUCCCGCUGAUCUCCGCAGGCGCUCUGGCCGCGGGGUUCAGCAACAAGAAGUCCGAGUACUCCCACCUGACCCGCAUCGCGCCGUCCUACGUGAAGAUGGCGGAGACCUUCAGGGCCAUGUUCGAGCACUUCACGUGGAGGAGCGCGCUGCUCGUGUUCGAGGACGACAAGGAGGAGAGGAACUGCUACUUCACCCUGGAGGGGGUCUACCACCUGAUGGUGGACUUCAACAUCAAGACCUACUCCUUCUCCAGGGAGGAGCGUCUGGACUCCGAGGACCUGCUGCUCAGCAUCGAGGAGACUGAAGUGGUGAUCAUGUGCAUGCCUGCAGACAAAAUCCGGGACAUCAUGCUGGCUGCUCACAGACGACGGCUGACCAACAGGAACCACAUGUUCUUCAAUGUGGAACUCUUCAAUGCCACCUCAUACGGAAACGGCUCAUGGAGGAGGGGAGAUAAAUACGACGACGAUGCCAGACAGGCCUACGCCUCCCUGAACACUGUGACGCUGCUCCGGACCGUGAAGCCUGAGUUUGAAAACUUCUCCAUAGAAAUGAAAAAGUCCAUGAAAAAGGCCGGAUUCCUGGACUGCAGCGACUGUGGAAGUGUCAACAUGUUUGUCGAGGGCUUCCAUGACGCCAUGCUGCUGUACGCCAUCGCUCUGCACGAAGCCAUGAGAAACGGAUUCAGCAAGAAGAACGGGACAGAGAUCACCGCCCGCAUGUGGAACCGGACUUUUGAAGGAAUCGCUGGCCAGGUGUCCAUGGAUGCCAACGGUGACAGAAAUGGAGAUUUCUCACUGAUGGCCAUGACCAACACUGAAACAGGAAGCUACGAGGUGGUGGCAAACUACUUUGGUGUAAAUGGAACUUUCCAGCUACUUCCUGCCUUCAACGCCGACCAUUUUACUUUAAAAGGACGACACAAAGAACACCCAGAGAUACCGGACAAGUCCUGUGGACUGGGAGUGUCAGCUCUGACUGGGGUCAUAGUGGGAGCUGUUCUGGGAACGGCGAUGCUGAUAGGAUUCUACUUUUUCAGAAAAAAUUACAGAAUUACCAUUGAGCGCCGCACACAUAAUGAAGACUGCGACACUGGGAAGCACCGUCAGUUACGAGAGGACUCCAUCAGGUCGAACCUCUCAGCGGCGUAAUCUUGGGCGGCGAGCAUCUCUUCUUGGAGAAACACGCCUGAAUGUGACCAAAGACUUUGAAUGGUUGUCAGAGGAACCAUGCUGUUAAAAUUAGACCUGUUGUGUUUGUAUCCUUUUAUUGUUUGACUUCUUGUAACUCAGGAUGGUUGUGACAGUCACAAAGCACCACUUCUUGGAUUCUUCCCGAUACAAAGGUAUAUGAUUGUAUCGGUGGCUGUAGAGCUCUGGCCAUAAUUUCCUUUAAGGAGUCUGUUUUAGAGAUGUUUCCAUGACUGUGAAUGAACCCGAGCAUACGCUCGUAUGCACUAGGUGGAUGGACAAGGUCUCGCAGAAACCUUGUUUUUAAUGACAGAGGGGAACUUUGAAGGAGAUGAUUCAUCUGGAACCAAGCGAGUGAGAAGACAGAUCCAUAUCUAAUGGCUGUAAGCUACUGAUAUUAAAGGGAAAGUUCUAUGAGGAACUCCUUAAUAGUACUAAAACCUACAGACGACGGAGAUCAGAACAGGCCCUGUUUGGAUAAACAGGCACGAGCAACUGUGUGCAUUGGUUUCACAUCAGGGACCUGAAUCUGAGAAUCAGAAAGUCCAGCUGCAAGAGUGGACACAGGCAUACUGGACUUGGGCACAGGGGUGCAUACAGGCUGCUGAUGUAAAUGCCAAUGGGCUGCUGUACGACCAGUCAGUGAGAAGAGUUGGGAAGUCGGUCCUAAACGUCCCCUAUCUCUUUAAAAACCAUCACAUCUAAGCAGCACUACAUCUGGUAGAUUUGGUAGCAGGAUGGACGCCAUAGUCCACAUGGAGCAUAGACAGAUGCUGACCUGAGUGGCCGCCAUGGUUGUUGCUUCUUCUUUCUUCUUUUUGGUGGAUUGGCAAACCAACUACCACCACCUACUGUAUCGUGCAGACAUAAAUAUGCUUAGACAUGGAACGAUGCUACUGAUGUGAAAGCAGCUCAGCAGGAGGGGGGGCAAUCAUCUUCAGCAGGAACAGAGGUAAAACCUGGGUAUGGUUCUGUAUCUUUCAAAACCCCUAUGUGGAUAAAGGGUUGUCUGCAGCCUAUGUUGACCUCCAGGCAUUCGCCUCUGUCCGCAGGGAUGCCUUGCUCCAUCCCACAUCGGCUCA